AUGACCGAAAAAUCCAAUGGUGUGAAGAGCUCCCCAGCUAAUAACCACAACUAUCAUGCCCCACCUGCCAUCAAGGCCAAUGGCAAAGAUGACCCCAGGACAGGGAGCAGGCCACAGUCUGCAGCGGAUGAUGACACAUCUUCAGAGCUUCAAAGGCUGGCUGAGAUGGACACCCCACAAAGAGGAAGGGGUGGCUUCCGAAGGAUCGUCCGCCUGGUGGGGGUCAUCAGAGAGUGGGCGAACAAGAAUUUCCGGGAGGAGGAACAAAGGCCCGACUCAUUCCUGGAGCGGUUCCGGGGGCCCGAGCUCCACACCGUGACGACACAGCCGGGAGAUGGAAAAGGCGACAAGGAUGGCGAGGGAAAGGGCGCCAAGAAGAAAUUUGAACUAUUUGUCUUGGAUCCAGCUGGGGACUGGUACUACCGGUGGUUAUUUGUCAUUGCCAUGCCUGUCCUCUACAACUGGUGCCUGCUGGUGGCCAGAGCCUGCUUCAGUGACCUACAGAGAGGCUACUUCAUGGUAUGGCUGGUGCUGGACUACUUCUCGGAUGUGGUCUACAUUGUAGACCUCUUUAUCCGAUUGCGUACAGGCUUUCUAGAACAGGGGCUGCUUGUGAAAGAUCCCAAGAAGUUACGAGACAACUACAUCCACACCCUGCAGUUCAAGCUGGACGUGGCUUCCAUCCUUCCCACGGACCUCAUCUAUUUUGCCGUGGGCAUCCACAAUCCUGAGGUACGCUUUAACCGCCUGUUACACUUUGCCCGCAUGUUCGAGUUCUUUGAUCGCACGGAGACACGUACCAGUUACCCCAACAUCUUCCGAAUCAGCAACUUGGUCCUCUACAUCUUGGUCAUCAUCCAUUGGAAUGCCUGUAUCUACUAUGCCAUCUCCAAAUCCAUUGGCUUCGGGGUUGACACCUGGGUUUACCCCAACAUCACUGACCCCGAGUAUGGCUACUUGGCCAGGGAGUACAUCUACUGCCUUUACUGGUCCACGCUGACCCUCACCACCAUUGGGGAGACCCCACCGCCUGUGAAGGAUGAAGAGUAUCUGUUUGUCAUCUUCGACUUCCUGAUUGGUGUCCUCAUCUUUGCCACCAUCGUGGGAAACGUGGGCUCCAUGAUCUCCAACAUGAACGCCACACGAGCAGAGUUCCAGGCCAAGAUCGAUGCCGUCAAGCACUACAUGCAGUUCCGCAAGGUGAGCAAGGAGAUGGAAGCCAAAGUCAUUAAGUGGUUCGACUACUUGUGGACCAACAAGAAGACGGUCGAUGAGCGGGAAGUGCUCAGGAACCUGCCGGCCAAGCUCCGGGCUGAGAUCGCCAUCAACGUGCACCUGGCCACCCUCAAGAAGGUCCGCAUCUUCCACGACUGUGAGGCUGGCCUGCUGGUGGAGCUGGUACUGAAGCUUCGUCCUCAGGUAUUUAGCCCUGGAGAUUACAUUUGCCGCAAAGGGGACAUUGGCAAGGAGAUGUACAUAAUCAAGGAGGGCAAGUUGGCAGUAGUGGCCGAUGAUGGCGUGACGCAGUAUGCCUUGCUUUCGGCUGGGAGCUGCUUUGGAGAGAUCAGCAUCCUUAACAUCAAGGGCAGUAAAAUGGGCAACCGGCGCACAGCCAAUAUCCGCAGUCUGGGCUACUCAGAUCUCUUCUGCUUGUCCAAGGAUGAUCUUAUGGAAGCGGUGACUGAGUACCCCGAUGCCAAGAAGGUCUUGGAGGAGCGGGGUCGAGAGAUCCUGAUGAAAGAGGGGCUGCUGGACGAGAACGAGGUGGCAGCCAGCAUGGAGGUGGAUGUGCAGGAGAAGCUGGAGCAGCUGGAGACCAACAUGGACACCUUGUACACGCGUUUUGGCCGCUUGCUGGCAGAGUACACCGGAGCCCAGCAGAAGCUCAAGCAGCGCAUCACAGUGUUGGAGACCAAGGUGAAGCAGAGCCACGAGGACGACUACUUGUCAGAUGGCUUAAACAGCCCCGAGCUGGCUUCUGCCGAGCAGCCGUAG